AUGAAUGAUAUGCAGAAGGCUGUUAAAUUGUUUAAAGAUUCAGAAUUCACUGUAAAAGAGUUAAUCAAUGCCUUAUAUACAAACGUGUCGUUAAUUAAACAGUGUUUUCGAACGACAACUUUUCUCCUGCAUACCGAUAACGAUGAUGAUGCUGAGAAGGAGGGUGUCACCCACUAUACAUUCAAUCAUCAGUCACAUAUUUAUCCAACAAACUUAUUUCUUCUGCGAGAUAGACAACAAUCUCUACUGAUCACAAUUUCUUCGAAUCGACAUACUACUAACUCGUGGACAAUAUAUUCACCUUUCAAUAAUGUCAAAGAAGAAUAUCAUAACUACUGGUUGCCUAAAUUUGUUAUUCAUCAAACUCCUUUAUUAAUCAGUCUACCAGUUAGUUCAAUGCAGACAACAAAUUCAGCUGUACGUUGGUUAAUCUGUCUACGUGUUAAAAUGUUGUUGAAGUCAACUACUUCCACUGAUCCUCUUAUCCUUUCAUUGCAUCCACAUAUUCGUGGUUCAUGUACACCUUGCCCUACUCAUCGAACUGCUGGUGGUGAUGAUGGUGGGGACUAUAAUCGUGUAACUACUACUAAUAGAGGUGGUAAUAUCAGUAGUAUUUGUCAUAUUAGUGGUAAUAUGACUAUCUAUUUAUGUGUACACUUGACUUGCGGUUCAAAUUCCUGCAUCCUACACGUUUACAAUCCACUGAAUUUAUCCUUCAACAAUCUUAUUCAUAAUUAUUAUGAUUUUGAGAAUUAUUUUUUUUCACUUGAUGAAAGCCUGAAAACAACCUCACCCAGUUCUUUCCCCUUAUGUAUAUAUCCAUUUUGUAAACAAUGGAGUGUAACCAAGUGUGCCGUUGUCACUACUACUAAGAAUGAGGAUAAUAGUAGUAUUGGUAGUGGUGGUCAAGGUCAGACGAUCAUUCCACCAAUCACUGGUCAAGAAUUGGUCAGAAAUAGUUUAGAGAAAAAAUUAAAUGAAUUCUGUGCAUGGAGUGUGCAUCCAUUGAAGAAAGGCGUGUUGUACUUCAUUAAAAAUGGUAUUUUCCGUGGAUUAUGCUUAUCAGUAAGUGAGAGCUGUGCGUCUACUAAUAAUCCCUUGAUACUACUUGAAGUUCGAUCGAGUUCCCAUGAUCUUUUGGAUCUAUUUGAUCAGUUUAUCCUGUCUCAAAUGUCUAGCAUCAGUCAAUUUCAACAACUCACCCCCUACUAUAAACAGCUGGAAUGUAAUGAAACGAAUCUACGCAAAUCUAUCACUCAUAUAUUAGAUUCUCUGAUCACUGAAACCCAAUUCCUUAUCAAUUCUAUUACUCAGGUCAUUGAACAAACUAUGCACAAACGUAUUCCUAAGCUGCCUGUCUUCUUAAAAGAUAUAACAAAUAAUCUAGACAUUGUAAAUCGUUCUGCUGAAUGGCGUUCAAUGGUCAAUUCAGCGAGUAACCUGCCUAUUGAUGAUGACAUAACUAGUUCAGCCGUUGAAUACUCUUUUCUACGUCGUCAAACUGAUGCUAGCUUCGAAUGCCUUUGCCUUGAACAGUUGGUCUAA